AUGUACCCUAAAAAUCUUACAGCCGUCGUGUCAUUGUCUUUAAUCUCCCAUGUUGCCUCACAAGUGCAAGGCACAGCAACUGUCGACCUGUCCAGGGAAGUUGGAAAGGCCCAGGCUCUUGGUUCAGGGUUUAUCUACGGCUGGCCUGAUAAUGGGACCAACGUAGAUAACUCGAUUCCAGAUUAUCUAGCAACUGACAUAAAGUUCAACGCAAACCGUGGCGGUGGUGCGCAGAUCCCCUCUCGUGGUUGGGCCACCGAAGGCUACAAAGGCUAUCUCGGUCGUUUCAACUCAACCCUAUCCAAUUAUCUCACCACACGCAAGUAUGGCGCUGAUUUCAUCUUGCUACCUCAUGACCUUUGGGGCGCGGAUGGCGGACAGGACUCAGAGUCUCCUUUGCCAGGAGACAAUGGCAACUUCACUGAGAUGGAGUUGUUUUGGAACCAGCUCAUAUCCGACUUGAAGACCCACAACAUGCUUGAGGGACUUGUCAUUGAUGUGUGGAAUGAGCCUGACAUUGACAUUUUUUGGGCUCGCUCGUGGCCCCAGUUUCUUGACUACUACAAUCGGGCUACUAAACUUAUCAGGCAAGUUAUUACGAUAGAAGAGCUUCCUGGCGCAGUUCUCAGUGGUCCAGCCAUGGCAGAUUCUCCAAACCUGACCAACGACAAAUGGCAGACCUGGCUCGAGUCUGUAGCAGGUAACGAGACGAUACCUGAUCGUUUUUCGUGGCAUCAGAUUGGGACUUGGUCGCGUGAGCCCGACACAACCAUGCCUGACUUUACUACCUUGCGAGAAAGAUACGGAGUGCCUGAAAAGCCAAUCGACGCCAAUGAGUAUGCAGCUCUCGACGAACAGAACCCGGCCAACUCUGUCUAUUAUCUCGCCCAGUUAGAGCGCCACAACAUCAGAGGUCUCCGCGCAAACUGGGCUAGCGGAUCUGAACUACACAACUGGAUGGGCAAUCUAGUCUACAGCACCACUGGCACUUCAGAUGGCACCUACUACCCCAAUGGCGAAUGGCAGGUUUACAAGUACUACGCUUCCAUGAUAGGCGAAAAGGUCUUGACGGAAGCUGCCUUGGAUUUGAAAUUUGACGUUUUUGCUACCAAGGAUGCACAGACUAUCAAGAUACUAGCCGGCACCAGAACCAUUCAGGCACCAUACAACAUCACUGUCGAUGGAUUGAGCGUAGUAGGGCUUCCCAAAGAGGGAGAAGUCAAAGUACAGAUUUAUCGAUUUGACUGGGCUGGGCCGAAAGGAAAGGUUGACGGCCCUGUUGAUGUUGGAGAACAGGUUUACUCAUAUUCGUCUGACAUGUUGACGAUUGUGGCUGAUCCGCCUACGAAUUCUACAGCCUUUGCCUACGAGUUUUCGAUUUGA